ACCAUGACUCCAGGGGACAGGAUUAAGCUGUGAAUGGACCUCCCAAACUCCGGAAUAUGAUAUUAGAACACAGCCUUUGAAUUUUUCUCUCAAGCUUGACUUGAAAGUGAGCUUCAGAAACCUAUCAAACUAGACUUUCCAUUACUCUCGGACCUUCUUUCCCCUUCCCUUCUGUUAUUAAGUUUGUGAACUUUGAUCAUUUUAGAAUUAAAAGGCAGCGCGGAAAUCUCUGAGUGCAGCUGUCUCUAGGUUUAACCCAGAGACUGACUUCACCAUAGAAACACCCAUAGUUAUAUCAAUGGUUGGGGCAAGAUAGUGGCAACAGGCAAAGGAAAAAUAGCUUUGACAUCCUAAGGACAAUGAGUAUGCUAAAACCAAGUGGGCUUAAGGCCCCUACCAAGAUCCUUAAACCUGGAAGCACAGCUUUGAAGACACCUGCUGCUGUUGUAGCUCCAGUGGAAAGAACAACAUCCAGUGAAAAAGCAUCAAGUGCGCCAUCCUCUGAGGCACAAGAGGAAUUUGUGGAUGACUUUCGAGUCGGGGAGAGAGUUUGGGUGAAUGGGAAUAAACCUGGAUUCAUCCAGUUUCUGGGAGAAACCCAGUUCGCACCAGGCCAGUGGGCCGGGAUUGUUUUAGACGAACCCAUAGGCAAAAAUGACGGUUCAGUGGCAGGAGUUCGGUACUUCCAGUGUGAGCCUCUAAAGGGCAUAUUCACCCGCCCUUCGAAGUUGACAAGGAAGGUGCAGGCAGAAGAUGAAGCUAACGGCCUGCAGACGACUCCUGCUUCCAGAGCGACUUCGCCUCUGUCCACCUCAACGGCCGGCAUGAUGACCUCGUCCCCAGCAGUCCCUUCAAAUAUCCCCCAUAAAUCGUCCCAGCCAACAGCAAAGGAACCUUCAGCUACGUCUCAGAUCAGCAACCUUACAAAAACUGCCAGUGAAUCUAUCUCCAACCUCUCAGAGGCCGGUUCAAUCAAGAAAGGAGAAAGAGAGCUCAAAAUUGGAGACAGAGUAUUGGUUGGUGGCACCAAGGCUGGCGUAGUCCGGUUUCUUGGGGAGACAGACUUUGCCAAGGGGGAAUGGUGUGGUGUGGAGUUGGAUGAGCCUCUUGGGAAGAACGAUGGGGCUGUUGCUGGAACCAGGUAUUUUCAGUGCCAACCCAAAUAUGGCCUGUUUGCUCCUGUCCACAAAGUAACCAAGAUUGGUUUCCCUUCCACGACACCGGCCAAAGCCAAGGCUGCCGCCGUGAGGCGAGUGAUGGCGACCACGCCCGCCAGCCUGAAGCGCAGCCCUUCCGCCUCGUCUCUCAGCUCCAUGAGCUCAGUGGCCUCCUCCGUGAGCAGCAAACCCAGCCGUACUGGAUUAUUGACUGAAACCUCCUCCCGUUACGCCAGGAAGAUCUCCGGCACCACUGCCCUCCAGGAGGCCCUGAAGGAGAAGCAGCAGCACAUUGAGCAGCUGCUGGCUGAACGGGAUCUAGAGAGGGCGGAGGUGGCCAAGGCCACGAGCCACGUGGGGGAAAUAGAGCAGGAGCUAGCUCUGGCCCGGGACGGACACGACCAGCAUGUCCUGGAAUUGGAGGCCAAGAUGGACCAGCUGCGAACGAUGGUGGAGGCUGCUGACAGGGAGAAGGUGGAGCUUCUCAACCAACUUGAAGAGGAGAAAAGGAAGGUUGAGGACCUUCAGUUCCGUGUUGAGGAAGAAUCCAUCACAAAAGGCGAUCUUGAGCAAAAGAGCCAGAUUUCUGAAGAUCCUGAGAAUACGCAGACCAAACUGGAGCAUGCCCGCAUUAAGGAGCUUGAACAGAGCCUGCUCUUUGAAAAGACCAAAGCUGACAAACUGCAGAGGGAGUUAGAAGACACUAGGGUGGCUACAGUGUCAGAAAAGUCCCGUAUAAUGGAGCUAGAAAAAGAGCUAGCACUGAAAGUGCAGGAGGUGGCUGAGCUGCGGAGGAGACUGGAGUCCCAGAAGCCCACUGGGGACGUUGACAUGUCGCUCUCCCUUUUGCAAGAGAUAAGCUCUUUGCAAGAAAAAUCAGAAGCUGCCCAUGCUGACCACCAGAGAGAAAUCACUUCCCUGAAGGAGCGUUUUGGAGCCCGUGAAGAGACACAUCAGAAGGAGAUGAAGGCUCUUCAGGCUGCCACAGAGAAGCUUUCCAAGGAGAACGAGUCCCUGAAAAGUAAGCUCGAUCAUGCCAACAAGGAGAAUUCCGACGUGAUAGUCCUGUGGAAGUCCAAGCUGGAGACGGCCAUCGCGUCGCACCAGCAGGCGAUGGAGGAGCUAAAGGUGUCCUUCAGCAAAGGGGUCGGAACGGAGACAGCAGAGUUGGCGGAGUUAAAAACACAGGUGGAGAAGAUGCGACUAGAUUACCAGCACGAAAUAGAAAAUCUGCAGAAUAAACAAGACUCUGAAAGGUCUGUUCACGCCAAAGAGAUAGAAGCCCUAAGGGCUAAGCUGAUGGCGGUCAUUAAAGAGAAGGAGAGCAGCCUAGAAGCCAUCAAGGCGAAACUGGACGAAGCAGAAGACCAGCAUCUAGUAGAAAUGGAGGACACCUUCAACAAAUUGCAGGAAGCUGAAAUAAAGGUAAAGGAGCUAGAGGUCCUACAAGCCAAAUGCAGUGAACAAACCAAGGUUAUUGGUAAUUUUACAUCACAGCUCAAGGCUGCCGAAGAAAAGCUCUCGGAUCUUGAUGCGCUUCGGAAAGCCAGUUCCGAAGGUAAAUCGGAAAUCGAGAAACUUAGACAGCAGCUUGAGGCAGCUGAGAAACAGAUUACAAAUUUAGAGAUUGAAAAGAAUACUGAAAGUGGCAAGGCUAGUAACAUUUCCAGGGAGCUUCAGGGGAAAGAGCUAACACUAAAUAACCUUCAGAAAAACUUGAGUGAAGUCAGUCAAGUGAAAGAGGCUUUGGAGAAAGAACUUCAGAUUUUGAAAGAAAAGUUUGCUGAUGCUUCAGAGGAGGCGGUCUCUGUUCAGAGAAGCAUGCAAGAAACAGUAAAUCAGUUACGUCAAAAAGAGGAACAGUUUAACGCGCUGUCUACCGAAUUGGAGAAGUUGAGAGAAAAUUUAACAGAUAUGGAGGCAAAAUUCAGAGAGAGAGAUGACAGAGAAGAGCAGUUGAUAAAGGCAAAGGAAAAGUUGGAAAACGACAUUGCAGAAAUUAUGAAAAUGUCUGGAGAUAAUUCUUCUCAGCUGACAAAAAUGAAUGAUGAGCUACGUCUGAAAGAAAGAACCGUAGAAGAAUUAGAGCUAAAGCUCACAAAGGCUAAUGAAAAUGCAAGCUUUCUGCAGAAGAAUAUUGGGGAAGUAACUCUCAAAGCGGAACAGUGCCAGCAGGAAGCAGCUAAAAAGCAUGAGGAAGAAAAGCAAGAACUGCUGAGGAAAUUGUCGGACCUGGAGAAGAAGGUGGAAACGAGCCACAACCAGUGCCAGGAUCUGAAAGCUAGGUACGAAGCAGCCAGUUCAGAGACGAAGGCGAAGCACGAAGAAACCCUGAAGAGCCUACAGAAGAUGCUGCUGGACACAGAGGAGAGGCUGAAGGCCGCACAGGAGGAGAACAGUGGCUUGUUGCAGGAGAUGGUGGAACUGAAAAAGCAAGCUGACAAGGCCAAAUCGCUAACUUAUUUGUUAACAUCAGCCAAAAAAGAAAUUGAACUAAUGUCAGAAGAGCUGAGGGGUCUGAAAUCAGAGAAGCAGCUUCUUGCACAGGAGGGAAAUACUUUAAAGUUAGAAAAAGGUUCACUUUUAUCAAAAUUGGUAGAGGUGGAGGCCAAAAUAACUUUACUUCAGGAAGAUCAACAGAAACUGUGGUCGGUAAACGAAACUCUUAAUUUAGAAAAGGAGAAAGUCUUAGAAGAAAAACAAGAUGCUGAAAAGCUUUAUCAACAGGAGCAGCUCCAUAAAGAAUCUUUAGCUGUUGAGAGAGAGAAAUUACUACAAGAAAUCAAUAUUGCGCAGGAAGAGCUUUUGAAGAUCAGUAUGGAAAAUGACGCUUUGCAGGCUUCCAGAGCAAGCCUGCGGGCACUCACAGAAGAGCUCCAGCUCAGCAAAGAUACUUUGAUUGCUGAGUCUAAGAAGGAUCAAGAAGAAAAAGGUCACCUAGAGGAUCAUAUCAAGAAGCUCACUACUGAAAACCUUGCCUUGGCUAAAGAUAAAGAUGAAGUUAUUCAAAAGCUGCAGAGCUCUUACGAAGAGCUAGUCAAAGAUCAGAAAACCUUGGUGCAGGAGAUUGAAGAUCUCAUGGCUGAGAAAAAGUCAGCUUCGGAGAAGCAGUCAGAUCUUGAUAGCGCGUGCAUAGCCUUAAAGAUGGAAAGAGAAAAUCUUCUCCAGAACAACAAAGAGCUGCAGUUUGAGAAGGACAUGCUUCUUCAAGAUCGGGAGAAGCUGAGUGCCAGCCUGGAGGCCGCCCUCCAGAUCAAGCAGCUGCUCAGCACGGAAACCAGUGGGCUCCACACACAGCUAGACGAUGCCAAGAGGGCUCUGAGGAAGGCUGAGCUGGACGUGAGGCAACUGCAGGCUACAAAUAGCAGCCUCACAAAGCUCCUGGAAGAAAUCAAGACCAGUCGGAAGGUCACAGACUCCGAGUGCAUCCAGCUUCUGCAAGAAAAAGGAGCCUUGGCCGCCUCUGAGAGAAAACUCUUGGCUGAAAAAGAAGAACUUCUAAGUGAGAACAGGCUCAUUGCCGAAAAACUGAAGAAGUGCUCGGAAGAGGCCACCCAUAUGGAGAUGAGCCUGAACGAGAAGAUCACUUACCUAACUUCUGAGAAGGAGGUGGUAUGUCAGAAAAUUGCUAAGCUCAAAAAGCAGCAUGUCAGUCUCUUGAAGGAAAAGUCUGUCCUGGAAAUGCAAAAUGGAGAUUUGCUUGCAGAAAGAGAGAACUCCAUGAAAACCAUAGGAGACCUCAAAAAGAAAUACGAUCAAGAGUCUGAAAACAGAAGAAUCGUAGUGCACGAGAAGAUGAAACUCCUUGGUAAUCUCGACACUCUGAAGAAGGAGCUUCAGGAGAGGAAAAGGGAAAACCAAUUGCUAGCAGCCACCAAGUGUGAUCUCUCUCUGAUGCUGAAAGAGGCUCAGGAUGCCAGACAGAGUUUAGAGGAAGAGCACACGAGCACCCUGCAAGCAAAGGAGAGUCUGAAUGCUGAACUUCAGACUUGCUGUUCUGAAAAGAGCAUCUUGCUGCGGGAUGGGUUGAAUCUGCAAGAAGAGUGUCAGAGAUUAAACAAGGAGAUCCAAACAAUUCAGCAGUCCUUCCUCCUGGAAAAAGAAGCCAGAGCCCAGGAAACUGAGUCAUCCCUGUAUGAAAACAAUAAACUUCAUGGCAGGUUGGUCCUCCUGGAGCAGGAGCUGGAAGAGUUAAGAGCACGCACUAAGCAGCUUCAGUCUGAAAAUUUUGUGCUCCUCCAAGAGAAGACCAAGUCAGAGCAGAGAGUGGUGGAGAUAAUUAAGGAAAAGGAACUCUUGAGCGCAGAAACGGCUCGACUCGCUGCCAACAUAGAGACUCUGAAGAAAGAUUUCGCCACCUUGUCCAAAUCCAAGUUAGAGCUGCAGGAACUGCACAGCUACCUCACCAAGAUCCUGGAUGACCUCCAGCUGAAGCACGAGACAACCCUGGCCGAUCGCGCCAAGGUGGUGCAGGACAACAAGAACCUCCUGGCCGAGAAGAGAGACAUGAUACUGACCAAGGAGGAGCUCCUAAAGGAGAAGGAAAAGCUGGCGGAAAGCUACUUCAUCCUUCAGAAAGAGAUUAGCCAGUUGGCCAAAACCAACAGCCAUAUCUCAGCCAACCUCCUGGAAUCUCAAAAUGAAAACCGUAUUUUAAGGAAAGACAAGAGCAAGCUCACCCUUAAAGUUAGAGAGCUCGAGACUCUUCAGUCCUUUACGGCUGCUCAAACAGCAGAAGAUGCCAUGCAGAUAAUGGAACAGAUGACCAAAGAGAAGAGUGAAACUCUGGCCUCCUUGGAGGAUACCAAGCAAACAAACGAAAAACUACAGAAUGAAUUGGAUACACUUAAAGAAAACAACCUGAAAAAUGUGGAAGAGCUGAACAAAUCGAAAGAGCUUCUGACGGUAGAGAAUCAAAAAAUGGAAGAAUUCAGGAAAGAAAUAGAAACCCUCAAGCAGGCAGCAGCUCAGAAGUCCCAGCAGCUUUCAGCAUUGCAAGAAGAGAACGUGAAACUUGCUGAGGAGCUGGGGAGAAGCAGGGACGAAGUCACGGGUCAUCAGAAGCUAGAAGAAGAGAGAUCUGUGCUCAAUAAUCAGUUGUUAGAAAUGAAAAAGAGAGAAUCCAAGUUAAUAAAAGAAACCGAUGAAGAAAAAGCUUCCUUGCAGAAAUCCAUCAGCAUUACUAGUGCCUUACUCACCGAAAAGGAUGCAGAGCUGGAAAAACUGAGAAAUGAGGUCACGGUGCUCAGGGGAGAGAGCGCCUCCGCCAAGUCCUUGCACUCAGUCGUCCAGUCUCUGGAGUCCGACAAGGCGAAGCUUGAACUCCAGGUAAAGAACCUGGAGCUUCAACUCAAAGAAAACAGGAGGCAGCUCGGCAGCUCCUCAGGUAAUACUGAUACUCAGGCAGAAGAGGAUGAAAGAGCCCAGGAGAGUCAGCAAAUGAUUGAUUUCCUAAAUUCAGUAAUAGUGGACCUUCAGAGGAAGAAUCAAGACCUCAAGAUGAAGGUGGAGAUGAUGUCAGAGGCAGCCCUGAAUGGGAACGGCGAUGACCUAAACAAUUAUGACAGCGAUGACCAGGAGAAACAGUCCAAGAAGAAACCUCGCCUCUUCUGUGACAUAUGUGACUGCUUUGACCUCCACGACACAGAGGAUUGUCCCACGCAGGCGCAGGUGUCAGAGGACCCCCCCCAUUCCACACACCACGGCAGUCGGAGCGAGGAACGCCCGUACUGUGAAAUCUGCGAGGUGUUUGGGCACUGGGCCACCAACUGCAACGACGACGAGACUUUCUGAUGAAGCCCCGCCCGGCCCCUCCCCCGCGCCCGGCGCCUCCCCCGCACCGCACCGGCUCCUCCCGCACCGGCGGCGCGGAGGCAGCUGGACACCAGCAUUGUGCGGCGGCCUUCAGCGGAACUCACGUUAUUUUUGACCCCCGUCAACAAAUCGAAGAGAAUAUUUUGAUCUUCAGUACAUCACCCUUUUAGUCCCCCCCCCUCCCAGAAGUUAAUAAAUACUUAGUAGGUGAGAUUUCACCUCUAAUUUUGUCUUCUUGAUUUUUAAAAGUUCUAACAAGACGUUGCACCAGAUGCCAUUACACUCACUGUCCCUAGGGAAGCCUCAUAGAACAAUUCCUACCCUUACAAUACCUUAUUUAAGUAACUUUAAAUUAUGCUGUUACUUUUCAUAUUUGCACUAAAAUUUUUCCAGGCUGCAUUUGUAUAUUUAGAUGUUUUGGUUAAGCUUUGACACUGGAAUGAGUUGGAAAAAUGUGCCAUUUUGCAUUUUCAUCUACUCAUUUAAAGUAUUUUAUUCUUAAAGAAGUAUCUGAGCUCUUUGCACUACCUGAUGUCAGUAGUGCCUUUAUUUCAGGCUUGAUAAUACUUAGGUGUGAUUAUAAAAUCAUGAAACAGGUAACAGGAGGGGGAAGCCCCCAAACUGCUGUGGGGACAUUUUAUAAUCUAUAUGCUGCACCUACUUACUCUACUGUGGUGGUUUGUUUAUUGGUUUUUGCAUAAUUUCAGCUUCUAUAUAUUAUAUGUAUAUAUUUUUUAAAAAUCUAUAUUUUGGGACAAAAUACAAUGUCUUUCUUUUCAGAUUUUUACCUUUAUGAAAAAGAAAACACAUCAGGACAUAAUGGACUAGGCCCGAAGUGAUAUCACGUGGCUUUGCAACUAGUUUUUUUUUCCGUUUUCAUUUUGUUUCUUUAUCAGAUAUAAAUACCUGGGAGAAUUUUCUCUAAAUCUUUUUCUUUCUUCAGCAGAUAUCCCCAGCAGUCAGUUAAUUAGAUAAUAAGCCACUAUUAAAACACCUAAAUUAAGCAAUCUACAACCUUUACAAGUUUUUUUAAAAACUGUUUUUAGAUGAAUGUACGAUGAGAAAUUCAACAUUGAUAAUUUUGGAUUUUCUUAUCACAAAAAAAUAAAAUGAAGGACCUCAACCAUCAGAAGUUUAUCAACCAGUUUGAAUCUAUUUAUCUCACUUGAAUGUCUUCUACAAUAUGUAAAAAGUAAUGUAUCUUCCGUGCUACAUGUAUAAUAAGAACUUCUAUAAUUGUAUAUAUGCCUUUGAUGUAUUUUUUUCCCUCAAGAUUAUCAAAUGUGUGUCUGACAAGUGAAAAAUCUGUAAUUAGUUAAAAUUUUUGGUUAUAAACAUAGGAAGUGUUUCACAAACAAAAUGUAAAGCAGUAUUAAAAUUUGAGCAAACGAGUGUUCUGUAUCUACUUUAAUAAAUGGUUAUUCUUUUUUGCCAGUGGUAGUAAA